AUGGCUUACGUGCUACGAUUCAUUUUCAACGCGACCAAGAAGGGAGAAAGACGCAGUGGUCGAUUAACUCAACCUGAGCUGGAUGAUGCCGAAAAUGAAGUCCUGAAGCAGGUCCAAAGAGAAGCCUUUGCGGGUGAGGUAACGACGCUUAAAAAUAAUCAAGUACUACCGGAGGACAAGAAGGAAUCGAUUGACAGAUCGAGCAUCGUUUACCAACUGAUGCCAAUGAUGGAUGAACGGGGUUUGAUGCGCCAAAACAGCCGGAUUGCAGCGGCGAAGGAUAUUCAUCACAGCGUGCGCUUUCCAGUAAUCCUGCCAAGAAAGCAUCGGUGCACGGAACUUCUGGUCGCACGCUAUCAUCGGCUCUACCGUCAUGCAAACUCCGAAACGGUAGUGAACGAAGUCCGCCAGCUGUUCAUCAUACCGAAACUGCGAUCGGUGGUAAAGCAGAUUGGACGAAGCUGCCAAUUCUGCAAAAUUCGUAAGGCACUCCCGACUAUUCCUCCGAUGGCACCACUGCCACCAGCACGGUUAGCCGUACACAACCGUCCAUUCAGCUACGUAGGAGUGGACUACUUCGGCCCAUUGUUAGUCAAGCAGGGCCGCUCGAAUGUGAAAAGGUGGAUUGCGCUCUUCACUUGCUUGACUGUGCGCGCCGUUCACCUUGAAGUGGCAUACAGCCUAUCAGCUGCGUCAUGUAUUUGCUGCAUCCGACGGUUUGUCUGUCGCCGAGGAUCACCGGUGGAGUUUUUCAGUGACAAUGCUACGAACUUCCAUGGGGCUGAACGACAGCUCCGUGAGCAGAUCAACGAAGGAGUAUCAGCAACGUUCACCAGUGCCAACACGAAGUGGACCUUUAUUCCGCCAAGCGCUCCGCACAUGGGCGGUGCAUGGGAGCGACUCGUCCGUUCAGUGAAGACGGCGAUAGGGGAUGCGUACCGCGAAGGAAAACUCAACGAUGAAGAGCUGCAGACCUUGAUCGUGGAGGCAGAGGGCAUUGUAAACACCAGACCACUUACGUACAUACCACUUGAUUCAGCGGAAUCAGACGCUCUUACGCCGAACCACUUUCUACUCGGGAGCUCGAAUGGGGUAAAGCAGCCAAGCGUGGGUAUCGAAGUUCAACAGCGGGCUUCUCGGGACUCAUGGGACCGCAUCCAGCGACAACUCAACCGGUUCUGGCAACGCUGGCUGAAAGAAUACCUGCCGGUGAUUCGGAAGCAGACUAAGUGGUUCAACGAAGCUCGACGUGUGGAAGUGGGUGACCUUGUGCUGAUAGCAGACGAAGGCAAGCGGAACGGCUGGGUGCGGGGCAUCGUGAUCGAAUCGAUCAGGGCACCAGACGGCCACGUUCGCCAAGCUAUGAUCAAGACAACGAGAGGAGUUCUUCGUCGACCGGUAUUGAAGUUAGCGGUUCUCGACGUUAGGAAUAGCAGUGCGGUUAUGGAGUCCAGUGGACCGCACCCGGAGGAGGAUGUUGCCACAGGGGCACUUGCUCAACCGCCCGGUGAACUGGCAACCGGUCCAAUCAACUGUGCCUAG